AUGAAAAAGACUAGACUACUUGGAGAUCAAAAGUCGCCCUAUCCGAAGACAUGGGGAGCACAAACUAGUACAAAGGAAGUGCGUUCUAUAAUUAACAAGCAAGAUGAUAGAUUUAACGAAAGUUAUGAUUCAUCAAUUUACCACGAUCUGGAUUAUAUUCGGCUCGCACUUUACGCAUUAACCAGAGAAAUUGAGAAUGGCGGUCUUAAACAAUCAAAUCUAGAAUCAUGGUAUAAUUGCACGCAAAGGAUUUGCAGACAUCAAGAGGCCAACACUGCUACCAGAAAUAAUAGAAAGAGAAAUGCAACACAAAAACGUAGUAUGAAACGUCGAGGGGACUGGUAA